AUGGACCGCAUCCAGGACUGGACGGAGGAGGGGAUCAAGGAGGAGGAAGAGCCCGGCCUGCGCAGGCGGGGGCGGGCAGCGCGGGCGCAGUCUCCUUCGGCUGAUCACGGGCCCCACAAAUUCUUCGGGCCGAGGUCGAGGUCGCCGUCCCCUCCGCCUGGCGCCGGGUCGAGGUCGCCGUCUCCUACGCCUGGCGCUGGGUCGAGGUCGCCGUCUCCUCCGCCUGGCGCCGGCUCGAGGCCCGUCCCCCACUCGGUGCGGACGCGAAGGUCCGCAAGGGUGACGCUUGUCCCUGCGGCUCCAGAUGGUGCCGGUUCUGGCGGCGCAGGUGGUCCUGGGGGAUCCUUCGACUGGGACCUCGGUGCCAUGGAGGAGACCGUCUCCUCGACGAGAGAUCAGAGCGCGAGGCCGAGGCUGGUCCCUCCACCGGAUACGAGCACGAGCUCCGCUUCCAUCACAGGAGGUCGAGCACAGGAGGUGGCGGCGGAACGGGAGUUCUCCUUCCCUCCGCUCGAGGCGCCGCCGAAAGUUGUCGACGCGGCGGAGGUUCUUGGCCAGUUCGCCGCCCAGUUCUUGGAGGCGACGAUGGGCGCCACCGCAGGCCCCAGGACGGAGAAGAUCAAGAAGGAGCUCCUUCUCGACCGGAAGGUGGUCGACCUGGCGGGUCUAGAGAGGUGGUUACGAAAAAUGGAGGCGGUCGCCGAGCUCGCCUGGUUCACGGACCUGUGCUCCCACGAGGAGAAAGCGGUGCCCCCGCUCGAGCUCUUCGAGUGCGCAUUCCGGGCUCUGGAGGCCGCCCGGUCCGAUGAACUCCACCGUUGCAGCGCCGAUGCCAGGAGGUUAUGGAUUGGUCCAGUAGCCGUGCCGGAGUUCUUCUUGUGCCCUUUCUCCAAGAAGUUCAUGGAGAAACCAGUCGUCAUCACCUCUGGAAAGACGGUAGAUCAGUCUGAACUGGAGAAAUGGUGGAAGAAAAACAAACGCAUGUGUCCAGUUACCGGCGAGGUCCUCACGCACAGCAUCUUCAUCCCUGAUGCGCUCAUUGCGCUGUACAUUUCGCGUUGGCGUGCCGCAAACAGGAUGAGUGAUAUGACAGCACCUACCGAUCCACCAGCUAUCUCUCCCGAGGAGGAAGCCCUGUUCAAGGAAGUCACCCUCUUGGCCAACUCCCCCAGGAGCUCUAAACAAGAUUACGAGGCUAUCCUGCGCCUUCUGGCCGACCAGGAGCGGUGCUCAUUCCUGCAUCUGCUGGGGCACAGCCCAGGGACAAUAACGAAGCUCGCCUGCGUCCUGCCGGAGACAUGCCUGGAGCCUCACCCUGAGCUAGACGACGUCGUCCUGGAAAUCCUUGCCAUGGCAGCUUCCUACAGCCCCAACAAGGAGGUUUUCGGAGACGACCGGUACGCCAUACCCGUGCUGAUCGCGAGGGCAUUGCUGGGGCCAGUGCCCACCAGGGCCAAGUGCGCUCGGAUCCUUGGGCUGCUGGCUGACAACUACUACAACAAGAUCAAGAUCGGUGAGCUUGGAGGGUUUGCUCCACUGAUGGAGCUGCUGCUGGUGGGAGACAUUGAUGUGAAGAAGACGGUGGCGGUGGCGCUGGCCAGCCUGUGCGAGGCCGAGGAGAACUGGAGCAGAUUUGUGCGGGAGGGGGUGGCGGAUGCCGCCAUAUCUCUCAUGCGGAACCACAGGCUGGUGGACGAGGCUCACAGCAUCUUGUUGCAGGUCGAGGGCUUCCACCUGGCCAUGCAGGACAUCAUCGACAAGUUGGAGUCGUUCCGCGACGAUGGCGACGGCGACGACAUGUGCAAGGAGAUGGUUGAUCGGCUCUGGCGUAGCUUCAUCGCAUCAUCAACACCAUCUGGUCGAGCAAGACAAGCUGACAACCUCCCUCCCGAGGCGGCGGCGUCGUCAUCGUCAUCAACACCAUCAUCCUCACAGGACGAUGUUGCGGCUAUCGUUUCAUGGCUGCAGAGGAGGUCGUACAACCCCCGGACAUACAGGUGCAGAAACUAUCGCUGA